CCAAAUCCGAAUAGUCCACCUUUCCUUUUUUCUUAGUGGGGGAACUCCAAAGUCAAAUCAGUGUUUACUCUAUCCGUACGCUUCCAUUCCAGUAAAAGUGCAGGCUAUAGUUCAUUUCAUAUGAUUAAUUGGGUAAAUUUAUAGUUGUUUGAGCUUCUAUAUAUUCACUGAGAAACUAUGGCUUAGGCAAAGAAGAGUUGAAUAAGGAUCCACAUCUCUUGCAACCAUAGCAAUGGCGUCUACAAAAUCUUCUCCACUAACCAUUCCCCUGUUUUUGACAUGGAUGAUUCUGUUUCUUCAACCCAUGGUGUCAUCUGGGAAUCAUGCAUUCUCAAUCAAAGAAGCAACUGUGCAGGAUCUCCAACUUGCAUUUGAGAAAAACCAACUCACAUCAAGGCAACUCGUUGAGUUUUACAUGGGGGAAAUCCAUAGACUUAAUGUGCUCCUUAGAGCGGUGAUAGAAGUUAACCCGGAUGCUUUGUAUCAAGCUGAUGAGGCUGACAGAGAGCGCAAGGCUAAAGCACCUGGAUCACUAAGUGGCCUGCAUGGACUUCCUAUUCUGCUCAAGGAUAACAUUGCAACCAAGGAUAAAAUGAACACCACGGCUGGUUCACUUGCGCUGCUUGGAUCCAUUGUACCUCGAGAUGCAGGCGUGGUAUCCAAAUUGAGGAAAGCUGGGGCUAUAAUUCUUGGCAAGGUCAGCUUGAGUGAGUGGGCUCAUUUCAGGGAUGGAAGUGUGCCCAGUGGCUGGUGUGCUCGGAGUGGUCAAGGAAAGAAUCCUUACAAUAUUUCAAAAGAUCCAUGCGGGUCAAGUAGUGGAUCAGCCAUAGCAGCAGCAGCAAAUCUGGCAGCAGUAACACUUGGGACCGAGACUGAUGGCUCAAUCCUCUGUCCAUCCAACAAUAACGCCAUUGUUGGUAUCAAACCUACUGUCGGUCUUACCAGCCGAGCAGGAGUCGUCCCCAUCACUCCCAGACAGGACACUGUCGGACCCAUGUGCAGAACAGUGGCAGAUGCUGUAUACGUCCUGGAUGCCAUUGCAGGCUUAGAUUAUAAUGAUAAAGCAACCAUUAAAGCAUCAAAGUACAUCCCACGGGGUGGCUACAAACAAUUUCUAAAGAUUGAUGGCCUUAAAGGGAAAAGACUGGGGUUAUUCAAAAAUGAAUUCUUCAAUGUUGGCGAAGGAUCUGUUUACGCCAAAGUUUUUGAGCGUCAUUUCUCCACUUUAAGGCGAAGAGGUGCAGUCUUGGUAGAAAAUGUAAAUGCUUCCAAGUACUUGGAGGCAUACAGCACCAGCAUAGACUACGAAACACUAGCAAUGACAGCUGAGUUCAAAUUGGCCAUAAAUUCUUACCUAAAACAACUAGUGGUGUCUAAAGUGCGAUCCUUGAAAGAUCUCAUUGCAUUCAACAACAAAUUUUCAAAAUUGGAAAAAACCAAGGAAUAUGGCCAACAGUUUUUCCUUGACACAGAAGCUACGAAUGGCAUUGGCCAAAAGGAGAAGGAAGCGCUAUUAAAUUUAGCAAAAAUGUCGAGAGAUGGGUUCGAGAAACUAAUGGAAGAGAACAAGCUAGACGCGUUGUUAUCACCAUUUUCAGUAGCUUCCUCUAUUCUUGGAAGGGGUCAAUAUCCAGGUAUCAUUGUCCCGGCUGGAUAUGAUAGAGAAGGGCUGCCUUUCGGCCUUUGUUUUGGGGGAUUAAAGGGCUCGGAGCCAACCCUGAUUGAGAUAGCCUAUGCCUUCGAGCAAGCUACUAAGAUCAGGAGGCCACCUUCAUUCAAGCACUGAAGUUAUUUAGUGCUGCUAGCUUGGUUGUAGCAAUAGGGUUAUCCACCCAAUUCUAAUUUGGUUCAAUGAAGUGAGAUGAUUCCACCAACGUCUAUGUUGGAUGGUUCAUACUCCCACUAUCUAGUGCUAUGUUAUCUAAAUAGUGUUGCCCUUCUUUGUCUAAAAAUAAAUGGAGUAGGCUUUUGUUUUUA